GGCCACCAUUUCAUCAGAUGCUAUUGUAUGGUGAAAGUAGGCGUUAGCAUGUCUGUUUUUCACAAACUGUGUAGCUAUUUUUAAGACAUUAUUUUUUGUAUGAGAAAUCGAAAUAUAUAAAUCUUCUAACAACGGACAGAUUUUAAACCGUUGGUUCGGUGCGCAUGACUUCAGUGUAGUUAGCUAGGUUCUUUGAUUAGCUUAUCUAGCUAGUUAGCUACUUAACGUUAAAUAGCUAAAAUAGCUAGCAAGGAAGUAAGGAUUGGUCACUUGAAUGUGGGUCCGGAUUUUAAUUUGGAUUAUCUAAAUAGUCUACUCACACAAAGUGUGACGGUUAUAUUACAUCAGUAGUUUUACAUUUCUAUUGUCACACUGACGACCAUUCUGCAAGACUCAAAGACAGAAGGGGAGAUGGCGAGCUCAGUGGGAAACGUGGCUGACAGCACAGAACCAACAAAACGUAUGCUUUCCUUCCAAGGGUUGGCUGAGCUGGCCCACCGUGAGUAUCAGUCAGGGGACUUUGAGGCAGCAGAACGCCACUGCAUGCAGCUGUGGAGGCAGGAACCAGACAACACUGGCGUCCUGCUGCUGCUCUCUUCUAUCCACUUCCAGUGCCGUAGGCUUGACAGGUCAGCCCACUUCAGCACGCUGGCCAUAAAACAGAACCCCAUGCUGGCGGAGGCCUAUUCCAACCUCGGCAAUGUCUACAAGGAGCGUGGUCAGCUGCAGGAGGCCAUCGAGCACUACCGCCAUGCGCUUCGCCUCAAGCCAGACUUCAUUGAUGGGUACAUCAACCUGGCUGCAGCCCUGGUUGCAGCAGGAGACAUGGAGGGAGCAGUGCAGGCUUAUGUGUCCGCUCUUCAGUACAACCCGGACCUGUAUUGUGUGCGGAGUGACUUGGGCAACCUUCUUAAAGCUCUUGGUCGUCUGGAAGAGGCAAAGGCUUGCUACCUGAAGGCAAUUGAGACUCAGCCAAACUUUGCUGUAGCAUGGAGCAACUUGGGCUGUGUGUUUAAUGCGCAGGGGGAGAUCUGGCUGGCCAUUCAUCAUUUUGAAAAGGCAGUGACCUUGGAUCCCAACUUUUUGGAUGCUUACAUUAACUUGGGCAACGUUCUUAAGGAAGCCCGCAUUUUUGACAGAGCUGUUGCUGGUUAUUUGCGAGCCCUUAGCCUGAGCCCCAACCAUGCUGUUGUCCACGGUAACCUGGCCUGCGUCUACUAUGAGCAGGGUCUAAUCGACCUGGCCAUCGACACCUACCGACGUGCCAUCGAACUGCAGCCUCACUUCCCUGAUGCCUACUGCAAUCUUGCCAAUGCCCUGAAGGAGAAGGGGAAUGUGUCUGAAGCUGAGGAGUGUUAUAACACAGCUCUACGUCUGUGCCCCACGCAUGCUGACUCCCUCAAUAAUCUGGCUAACAUCAAACGGGAGCAAGGCAACAUUGAAGAGGCUGUGCAGCUCUACAGGAAGGCUCUGGAGGUUUUCCCAGAGUUUGCAGCAGCCCACUCCAACCUUGCCAGUGUCCUUCAGCAGCAGGGCAAGCUUCAGGAAGCUCUCAUGCACUACAAAGAAGCUAUCAGGAUCAGCCCCACCUUUGCUGAUGCCUAUUCCAACAUGGGGAACACGCUGAAAGAAAUGCAGGAUGUGCAGGGGGCUCUGCAGUGCUACACUCGCGCCAUUCAGAUCAAUCCUGCCUUUGCAGAUGCUCACAGCAACCUGGCCUCCAUACACAAGGACUCUGGAAACAUUCCAGAAGCAAUUGCAUCUUACCGUACUGCUCUGAAGCUUAAACCAGACUUUCCUGAUGCUUAUUGCAACCUUGCUCACUGUCUGCAGAUUGUAUGUGACUGGACUGACUAUGAUGAUCGCAUGAAAAAGUUGGUGAGCAUUGUGGCUGACCAACUGGAAAAGAACCGCCUACCCUCUGUGCACCCACACCACAGUAUGCUCUAUCCUCUUUCCCAUGGAUUCCGCAAAGCCAUUGCUGAGAGGCAUGGCAACCUCUGUUUGGAUAAGAUCAAUGCUCUUCAUAAACCUGCCUAUGAGCAUCCUAAGGACUUGAAGGCCAGUGGAGGGCAUUUGCGUGUUGGCUAUGUCAGCUCAGACUUUGGCAACCACCCCACCUCCCACCUCAUGCAGUCCAUUCCUGGCAUGCAUAACUCUGAGAAGUUUGAAGUGUUCUGCUAUGCCCUCAGUCCUGAUGACAAUACCAACUUCAGAGUCAAAGUGAUGGCUGAGGCUCAUCACUUUACUGACCUUUCUCAGAUCCCUUGCAAUGGUAAGGCUGCUGAUAGGAUCCACCAAGAUGGAAUUCACAUCCUGGUCAACAUGAAUGGUUACACCAAGGGAGCCCGCAAUGAGCUGUUUGCCUUGCGCCCAGCACCUAUUCAAGCAAUGUGGCUUGGCUACCCAGGCACCAGUGGUGCUCCUUUUAUGGAUUACAUCAUUACUGAUAAGGAGACCUCUCCAGUCGAGUUGGCUGAACAGUACUCUGAGAAGCUGGCGUACAUGCCAAACACAUUCUUUAUUGGAGAUCAUGCAAACAUGUUCCCCCACCUCAAGAAAAAGGCAGUGAUUGACUUCAAGUCCAAUGGACACAUUUUUGACAAUCGCAUUGUGCUGAAUGGAAUCGAUCUCAAGGCAUUCCUAGAGAGCCUGCCAGAUGUCAAAGUAAUCAAGAUGGAGUGUGAUGGCCAGGAGGCCACAGACACUAAUGGAACCCUCUCUAUGCCAGUCAUCCCUAUGAACACAGCAGCUGAGGCUAUUAUAAACAUGAUCAACCAAGGUCAGAUCCAGGUCACCAUCAAUGGCUUCACCGUCAGCAAUGGCCUGGCUACCACUCAGAUCAAUAACAAGGCUGCCACAGGAGAGGAGGUCCCAAGAACAAUAGUGGUGACCACACGCUCUCAAUAUGGACUUCCUGAGGACUCCAUUGUCUACUGUAACUUCAAUCAGCUCUACAAAAUUGACCCUCCAACUCUGCAGAUGUGGGCUAAUAUUCUGAAACGAGUGCCCAACAGUGUACUCUGGCUUCUCCGCUUCCCAGCUGUGGGAGAGCCUAACAUCCAGCAGUAUGCCCAGAACAUGGGCCUGCCUGCCAACCGCAUCAUCUUCUCCCCCGUGGCCCCUAAAGAAGAGCAUGUUAGAAGAGGCCAACUAGCUGAUGUAUGCCUUGACACACCGCUUUGCAAUGGUCACACCACUGGCAUGGAUGUAUUGUGGGCCGGCACCCCUAUGGUCACAAUGCCAGGUGAAACGCUAGCAUCUCGAGUGGCUGCCUCUCAGCUGACUUGCCUUGGCUGUCCUGAGCUCAUUGCCCAGAGUCGCCAGGAGUAUGAAGAUGUUGCUGUCAAGCUUGGCACCGACAUGGAGUAUCUAAAGAAGAUUCGUUCCCGUGUAUGGAAGCAACGCAUCACUAGUCCGCUCUUCAACACCAAGCAGUACACCAUGGACCUGGAACAACUUUAUCUGCAGAUGUGGGAGCAUCAUGCUAGUGGCACCAAGCCUGACCACUUGGUCAAGCUGCAGCCACUUGAAAGUAGUGAAAGCACCUGAACUGGCUUGCAUGCCCUCCCCUCCCCAUCUGUGCCAUCAUUUGACCCUCUGAAUUGGCUACUUAAUCCCUGUGCUACUACCAGUUAUCUUCGGUAACAGAGACUCCAUAGAGCCUGUAGUAAAGCAAUGAUCUGACCAUCCAGCCAAAGCUUUUUGUUCCUAUGUGACAGGAGAGCAUGACAGUUGUGCUACUUCACUGAGACACUCCUCCCCAAUGGUUCUCUUCUCUGCUCUUCUCUUCUACUACUUUGUAGAAUCUGAAAUGGACUUUGAGCACCGGUCCCUUUGUCAAAUUGUGACCUUCAUUUCUUUAGGUGAAAGUUGUUCUUUUUUCCAAGGGUCACAGCGUUGCACAUUGGAGCUUCGAUAUGUUACUAAAAUGAGUGAUUGGCUUUAACAUGCUAACAUGAGCAUUUUUUUUUUUGUUGUUGGGUUUUUUUUUUGGUUUUUUUUAGUUAGCAGAUACGCUUCUUUAUCUCUUUUAGCCUGUUUAUCAUGACCCUAAAGUGGAUGUGUGGAUGGAAAUAAUCAUUUUCCCUUGUUAUUUGCCAAUGAUUUGAUUUCUUUCCCUGUGUUAAUGAUAAAUGCUCUUAGUUGUACCAGUUCAUCAAAAAAGCUCUGUAUGGACAAGUUAGAACAUCAUAAUACACAGUGAAAGUGGCCUGCAAACCCCAGUACUGACUCCACUUGUUAAUUUUAUUAUUUUUACCAGGAAAGGUGUAGGUAAGUAUUUUUCUGUUUUCAUUUUGUACACUGUCUUCCUGUUUACCAUUUUAUUUAUGCUCUCUCAUUGAAGCUUUGCAAGGCUCUUAAACUGAAAUAAAUGUGGCAAACCUGAAGUAC